UUAGAUGUGAAACAUGUUAACAAAAUGUGGAUUUUAUUUUCUCAAAUUUUUCAUUUCUAUAGUGACUUUGGUAAAGUGCCUUUGGUCUCAAUAAAGUGUUUAAUAAACGUACCUAAUUAUUUUUACGCUGAUCAGAUAUAAAAAACUAAAAAUAACUUGUCGCAAAAAUAAAUUGUGAUGAAUGAAGUCGAUCUUUCACUGAAACAUCGAUUCUUGAAAAGUGUAAUGUGUUGUCAUCGAAAAAUAUAAAAUUCCGAUAAGUAUAUUUUCGUUUUCUAAACGGAAAUACAUAAUAUACUGUGUUAUGUCUUAUUAUUCGCGUGCAACAUGGUAGCUUUGUUAAGUAGCUAUUUUCAUCUCCGCGACGCGGCAUCCUCGAGUAGCUUGUUGAGUAGCUAUUUUAUGACACUUUUUAUUUUUACGUAUUUGCAAUAUGUGAUUUCGGGUUAAGACGGGAUAAAUCGAGUGUGCCGAUGACGAUAACAUCUUAUUGCGAACGCACUACUUCUUUGAUGUGAUAAUAAUCGUGCACGACUAAGGAAAUACGAUAAUUCUGGAAUAUAAUUGAAAUCAAUUAGUUUGAAACAGCAAUAAAACGCGUCGCGGAAGUGUGCCCCCUCGCCAAAAAGUCGAUAAAUUCUCCCUCCCUCUUUUCUCUUUGCGCCGCGGCGCGAGAUAUUCUUUGUUCGAUAAAUCAACGUCGAUUUCAUCCCUACGUGAGCAUCAAUUACAAGACUCUUCUCGAGACAUUAAUUUAUUAUCGAGGAGAAACGUAAUCUUCACGGGCGAUUGAUACACUCGUCGCUGAGGCGAGUAACACAAAAACAAUCGCCGGCUCUUCGCUAAUAAACAAAAAAAAGGAAAAGGAACGUACGUUCAAGCAGCUUUUGGCAGCAAUACCAAGAUGACGGAUGAAUUACUGUUCUCUGCUUUAAGCACGAUAGAUAGCAAUGUCGAAAAACAACUAUUUUCUCCGACCAAGACAAAUCUACUUAGCGAUUAUUAUGACACAUCAUGUACAAUACCAUUCAGCGAAUAUGGAAUAUUCGAUAAUCAGUUAAACAUGACGAAUUCGACAGAUUGUUACACUGAUUUAUCUUGUACUUCGCAAUCAUCGUGGAACGACUGGUCGACUAUAAAUAAUACAGGUUGUUCGAGUGAACUGAGCGAAUUAGACUCGGAGUUAGACUGGAACUGGUGUCUGGAGAAUAGCUUGGAUUCUGGUCUUCCGAAAAGAACACCACUGUGCACCGCUGGAUGCGAAGGAUUUCUGCAUUUGCCGCCUGUACCGAAUCAACAACAGAUUUCACAAUACGAUGAACCGUUGUUAGUUCUUGGAAUUGAUUUACGAGCAUUGGAGAAUACAGUAGAAACAAAUACGAUAGAUUAUAACAACAACCAGUUAGAUGACGAUCUUCUAAUUUCGUCAGCAGCAGCAUUAGCAACGCACGAUUACACCAAUCGCAGUUUAGCAAACGCGGCUGAAGAUCGAUGCUUCCCGUGUACAUAUCAAGGAUGUGUAAAGGUCUACGCCAAAGCGUCUCAUUUAAAGGCUCAUUUACGAAGACACACUGGUGAGAAACCAUUUGCGUGCGACUGGCCCGAUUGUGGAUGGCGUUUCAGUAGAUCGGACGAACUGGCGAGACACCGAAGAUCGCACUCGGGCAUUAAACCGUACUCCUGUGAGAUGUGCUCGAAAAGAUUCGCGCGUAGCGAUCACCUGGCUAAGCAUCGUAAGGUGCACCGAAAAAAUUCGUGUCCGUUAUUCCAAGGAGCUAAGGGACUACGUGGCAACAAGAUAAAUGUUUUAUCAUCGGAAUGCUAGUAUUUUAAGUAUCUUAGAACUUUCUCCUCCAAUCAAAGGAAUCAAAAUAUCUCACCGACAAUAUAAAGUGAUGUGACCGAAAUCCUAUGAUAUAGAUUUCUAUAUAAAUUGACAAAUAAAGUACUUAAACUAUAAAAUUUCUAUAAAGAUUGUUAACGUAGAGAUAGUUUGUUGAAUAAGUUGUGUAAACCAAUGAUUCUUCAUGCUUUCGGCGGCUAAUACGUUAAUUUUUGCGGUUUCAAAAAAGAUAAAAGACAAAAUUCAAUAUUUCAUCUUAUUGAUGAAACCAAUAAAACAUGAGUAGCAAAAUGAAUCGUGCAUAACUAUAAAAAAAGGUAUACUUAGGAAGCACAGAUGUAUUAUAACUUUCUUCAUGAAAUCGUCACAUGAACGUUUUUACAACAAUCAAAAGAUUUAUUAUGUAAAUCUUUAAUGUAGUGUGUAUCGUUGUAUUUGCUUGCAAGAAAACAAAAUCAGCACAAAUUAGGAAGUUCAAUUCAAAGAGAUUAAUUAAUUAAAACUAAGAUUGAUACGAUAUUAAUACAUCCCUAUUAGUGAGAGUUGAAGAUAAUUCGAUAAGAACUUUUUAAUAGCAUUAUAUAGCGAUAAUAAACUGUACAAAAAGAA